AGCCUUAAGGAGAGACGAAGUUGGGAAGCCAUUUCAGAUCGUCCGGGGUUUCGAGGGAAGUUCUUGCUUCAACAGUGUUUGAACGGAACUUCUUCUUUUAGCCGACGUUUGAAAUAAAACUUCGCAGAUUAUAUUUUUCUACGGAUAAUUUUCGUAAUAAAAGACGAAAAAGCAGCCAAGAUGUCUUCUCAGAUCCGUCAGAACUACCACCAGGACUGCGAAGCUGCUAUCAAUCGGAUGGUGAACAUGGAGCUCUACGCUCACUACACCUACUUGUCCAUGGCUUACUAUUUCGACCGGGACGAUGUUGCUCUGCCCGGUUUCUCGCACUUCUUCAAGGAGUGCAGUGAGGAGGAGCACGAGCAUGCGCGGAAGCUGCUCUCCUUCCAGAACAAGAGGGGUGGACGCAUCUUCCUGCAGGACAUCAAGAAGCCUGAGAGGGAUGAGUGGGGCAGUGGCCUGGAGGCAAUGCAGUGUGCCUUGGCACUUGAGAAGAAGGUUAACCAGGCUCUGCUUGAUCUGCACAAGGUGGCCUCAGACAAGACUGACCCCCAUCUCUGUGACUUAUUGGAAACUCACUACUUGAAUGAGCAAGUGGAGGCCAUCAAGAAGCUGGGAGACCACAUCACCAACCUGUCCAAGAUGGAUUCAGCCAACAACAAGAUGGCUGAAUACCUGUUUGACAAACAUACUUUGGGGAAAAGCAGUUAAAUGGAGUCAUAGGCUGUACACUUAACAAAACCCUUGUCUGUGUUUGUUAUUGUCAGGGUGUUGAAGAAAAUCUGUCCUUCAAUCUUUCGAUGACUUGUGGGUUAAUCUGGUUUCACUUGAGGAGGUGGCGUUAAUGCAAAAUUGUCAAUGGGUUCCUAAUAAUGCAAGCUACAGCAACAUUUGGAUGGCUAAAUAAACAUUUUGAGCUGAA